GAGCUUGCCGCCGCCGGGGGCUGUGCCGCUGCAGGUGCCCAACGCGGGGCGGGUUGUUACCCCGGAUCCGGGCGGGUGUGGGGGUCCCUGCGUUCCCGGGAACCUCGUUAGCCCUCCUCCCGGGCCUGGCUCCUCCUCCUCCAGGCGUGGGGCUCGUGCCCGCCACAGCCUGCGCGCACCGCGCCUCGGCUCGCGUCCCCCCACCCCGCCCGCUCCUGCCAACGCUUCCCCUCCUCCUCUUCCUCCUCCUCCGCCCAUCAGCGCCACUACGGACGCCUGUGCCUCCAUCUACUCCUCGCACGGCGGCCGCCGCUCUCCGCGCUCCCCUCCGGCUGCCACCAGCCCAUCGCUCCCCGCUCGCUCGGCCGCUGCAGUCGCUCUCUCUCACUCGCGCUCUCUCUCGCUCUCCCUCAAGUUUCCUAUCUGCUCAGAUCAGGGCACAGGGAGGAAAAUACGCGAUUCUGCUUGCUGUUUCAGAGCGGCAAUGAAGACGAAAUUAAAUACCUACAACGUGCAGUUGCUCCUUCUUGUUUUCUUGGUGUGGGACCCAGCCAGGUUGGUGCUGGCUAACAUCCAAGAAGAUGAGGCUAAAAAUAACAUUACCAUCUUUACAAGAAUUCUAGACAGACUUCUGGAUGGUUACGAUAAUCGGCUUAGACCAGGACUGGGAGACAGUAUUACUGAAGUCUUCACUAACAUCUACGUGACCAGUUUUGGCCCUGUCUCAGAUACAGAUAUGGAAUAUACAAUUGAUGUUUUCUUUCGACAAAAAUGGAAAGAUGAACGGUUAAAAUUUAAAGGUCCUAUGAACAUUCUUCGACUUAACAAUUUAAUGGCUAGCAAAAUCUGGACUCCUGAUACCUUCUUUCACAAUGGGAAGAAAUCUGUCGCUCAUAAUAUGACAAUGCCAAAUAAGCUUCUUCGAAUCCAGGACGAUGGGACUCUGCUGUACACAAUGAGGCUUACAGUUCAAGCUGAAUGUCCAAUGCACUUGGAGGACUUUCCCAUGGACGCUCAUUCAUGUCCUCUGAAAUUUGGCAGCUAUGCCUACACAACCUCAGAGGUCACUUAUAUUUGGACUUAUAAUGCAUCUGAUUCAGUACAAGUUGCUCCUGAUGGCUCCAGGUUAAAUCAGUAUGAUCUGCUGGGCCAAUCAAUUGGAAAAGAAACAAUUAAGUCCAGUACAGGUGAAUAUACCGUAAUGACAGCUCAUUUCCACUUGAAAAGAAAAAUUGGGUAUUUUGUGAUUCAGACAUAUCUGCCUUGCAUCAUGACUGUCAUUCUCUCCCAAGUGUCAUUCUGGCUUAACAGAGAAUCUGUGCCUGCAAGAACUGUGUUCGGAGUAACAACUGUUCUAACAAUGACAACUCUAAGCAUCAGUGCUCGGAAUUCCCUCCCCAAAGUGGCCUAUGCAACUGCCAUGGACUGGUUUAUUGCUGUUUGUUAUGCAUUUGUGUUCUCUGCCCUAAUUGAAUUUGCAACUGUUAACUACUUCACCAAAAGAGGAUGGGCUUGGGAUGGGAAGAGUGUAGUAAAUGACAAGUCCCCUUCAAUAAAAGCUGAAGGCAUUACAUUAACAUACAACUCAGUGAAGGCAAUUCUUCAAGGAGCUAAACUAAUAUGGUCCAAGUAUAUAGCUUUCUCAUGGCCCAAUUUAAUCCAAGGAAAGACUUUAGAGUACUUAGAGAAGUGGAUGGACUGUAUAACCUUCAAACAAUCUUCUAAAAAAGAAAAAGCCUCUGUCAUGAUACAGAACAAUGCUUAUGCGGUGGCUGUUGCCAAUUAUGCCCCGAAUCUUUCAAAAGACCCAGUUCUCUCCACCAUCUCCAAGAGUGCAACCACGCCAGAACCCAAUAAGAAGCCGGAGAACAAGCCAGCGGAAGCCAAGAAAACCUUCAACAGCGUUAGCAAAAUUGACAGAAUGUCUAGAAUAGUUUUCCCAGUUUUGUUUGGUACAUUUAAUUUAGUUUACUGGGCUACGUAUUUAAACAGAGAACCUGUAUUAGGGGUCAGUCCUUGAAUCUGGACACAGGUUAUCUUUGGGAUGUAUAGCAACAUAGAACUUUGUUUUGCUAUGUACAAUCUGACUAAUAACUGCUAAUUUGUGAACCAAUAUGUACAGUAUGUAUAUAGCUAUAUGGCUUACCAGUAGACCUCUAACGGAGACACGCAUUUGCUAACUUGUGGAAUUGCAGGCAGAAAGCACCCCAUACCCAAAGAGCCAUUGCCUUUUUUUAAAGAUUUACCCUUGGAACUCGUUUAAAGUGGCUUUCUCAUGGCCUGGUUUAUUCCCUACUAGUGAUGAAAAUGAGGCUCCUAUACCAUACUUGAUGAACUCUUUUGAUUUAGAUCUUAAAUAUUAGGACUAUUUUCUACUGUAGCCUAACUAUAACGUAAGAUAACACUGUGGUUCCAAGAUGAAUUCUUCUAAAUCACAGAACCUCGUAUCUGCCACAUCUGUUCCCUUCAUGAGUGCUCAGAAACCCUGCUAGUGUAAUUGGAAGCUUAGCACACAUCAGAAGAAAAAA